UGUUAACACCCGAAUUUUUUGCGACGUUGACAGACCCUGCGCCGCCCGCGGACUAUUACGGUGAGUGCCUUCGAAACUCGCACUUGCAUUAUCCAGAUUCUCCCACUUUCGCGACACCGACCGCCCUACCUCCUUCCUCUCCCUCACACCUAGGUCCUCUACUGCCUGGCGCAAGAGGUUCAUCACGUGCGAAUCGCCGCCCACGAACUUGACUUUGAACUGAAAGCGACCGAGUGGAUCUCGUGCUUUCCAUCCCGAUUCAAUAUCAUCACACCCUUUACCGACUUCCCCAGCAAAGGCUCCUGUGCCCUCUGAACCAUCGAACCCGGCCUCGUGCAAGACACACGCAGACAACAAGCCCUCGAAAAUAGCCACGAAUUUCGUCAUGGCGGCCCCCGCGACAGAGAACAUGGACAAACAAGUCGAUCUGUCGACCAUUCCCGUUUCGCCCAACGGCCAAGACGAUGCUGCCGACGCCAAAGCCGACGGCAAGGAUAUCACUGUCUUCCACGACAAGGACAACUUCAACGUCAAGCACCCUCUCCAGAACAGAUGGACCCUGUGGUUCACCAAGCCUCCAAGUGGCAAGGGUGACAACUGGAACGAUCUGCUGAAGGAGGUCAUCACAUUCGACUCUGUGGAGGAGUUUUGGGGUGUCUACAACAAUGUUGCGCCAGUUUCCGAGCUGCCUCAGAAGGCCGACUACCACCUUUUCAAGGAAGGUGUGCGCCCCGAGUGGGAGGAUCCCCAGAACAAGCAUGGCGGCAAAUGGUCAUACCAAUACAAGAACAAGUCAGCUGUCGACAUUGACCGUCUGUGGCUCCAAGUCAUGAUGUCUGCUAUAGGCGAGACCCUGGAGGAGGAAGAGGACGGCGAGGUGAUGGGUGUCGUCGUCAAUGUUCGCAAGGCAUUUUACCGCAUCGGUGUCUGGACUCGCACGAUAGGAAAGAGCAUUCCAGGUCGUGGCGACGGAGAUGUGGCUGGCGGCAAGGGUCGCUCCGGCGAGAAGGGCCGGAACAUCCUGUUGAACAUUGGCCGCAAGUUCAAGGAGAUUCUUGAGCUGCCUGCCAACGAGCAGGUUGAGUACUCCGGUCACACGGACAGUGCGAACUCGGGCAGCACAAGGGCAAAGGCUAAGCACGUGGUCUAAGUGCAUGUUACGCUGAUCGUAUUUGAGGCGGAGCACUAUGGCAUUGCUCGGAGGAGCGCUGCGAUCCUGUCAUCGACUUUAUGAUUUGCACGGUUAUGACGCGGGAUCAGAAAAGUUCUCAUGAGAUAUCUUGCACGGCUGAGGGGUGGCGUUGCGUGGAAAUGGCUUCCCGGGCAUACAUAAUACUGCAAUCGACCAAAUUCUAGCA